CAUAAACCCUAAAUCUUAGAUUCUUAGCUAUUGCUGCUCACUUUCAAAACCCCAAACAGAGACAAUCAAAUUGAAUUCGCCGGCCGCCGCCUUAAAGAGAAAAAUGGUAUUGAAGCUAUUCGAGGGUGACGAUGAUGAGUUGGACAAGAUUGAGAUUAACGAGGAAUUCGCCCGCCGGUACGAGCACAACAAGAAAAGAGAAGACUUGCAAAAACUGGAAGAGCUGAAGAAGAAAGGCAUAGUUGAUGACUCCGACACAGCAUCCGACGACGAAGAAGAUGAAGAAGAUGAGGAUUUGGAUCCUUCAAGUAAUUUAAAGUUUUUUGAUGGUUUGCUUAAGAUUAAAAAAGGUGACCCUGUUUUGAAUACUAAAGAUGCUAAGUUAUUUCAUUCUGAAUCUGAAACUAAUUCUGAGUCGGAGGAGGAAAAGGAGAAGAAAGUGAAAAAGAAAAAGCAAAAGCCAAUGUAUUUGAAGGAUGUAGUCUCUAAGCAUUUGAUUGAGGAGGGUCCCGAAUUCGGAGACGAAGAGGAUGAGGAUGAGGAUGAGGAUGAGAAGAAAGUGAAGACGUAUUCUGAGGAGCAAGAUGAUUUGAGAAACGAGUUUUUAAAUGCUGUUAAGGAGGAGGAAGAAGAAGAAGGGGACUUGUUUAAGAUGAAAGAGACUGAGAAAGAUAAGGAGGAGGGUGACCCUGAGUUUACUAAGAAGUUGGAUGAGUUUUUCGGGGAGGAUGAUAAGCUCGAUGAAGAGACGGUGUUUUUAAAGGAUUUUUUUAGGAAGGAGAUGUGGAGGGAUGAUAAGGAAAGUAGUAAGAAAGGGGAUGAAAAGAUGGAGGAGGUGGAAUUUUCAGAGGAUGAGGAGGAGAUUGAGAGACAAGAGGAUUAUGAGAGGGAGUUUAAUUUUAGAUUCGAGGAAAAUGCAGGUGAUCGAGUGUGGGGACAUUCAAGGAAGGUGGAGGGAUCAGUGAGGAAGAAGCCGAAUGCGAGGAAGUUGCAGAGGGAGAGAAAGGAAGAGAGAAUGGUGCAAGCGGAAGAGGAGAGAAAAGAGGAGUUGAAACGAUUGAAGAAUCUGAAGAAGAAGGAGAUGAAGGAGAAGCUUGAGAAGAUUAAGGAGACUGCUGGGAUAGGAGAUGACGGGGUUUGUUUGUUGGAUAUGGAUGAUUUGGAGGAGGAAUUUGAUCCAGACAAGUACGAUAGAAAGAUGAAGGCGUCUUUUGGUGAUGCCUACUAUGACGGGGAUGAUAUGGAUCCUGAAUUUGGAAAUGAUGAGGAUGAACUUGAGAAGCCAGAUUUUGACAAGGAAGAUGAGUUACUGGGACUCCCCAAGGGAUGGGAUAAUGUGGACGAGCCUCGUGAUGGGUUUUUAUCAACUAGGGAAAAACUUCUGAAAACUAUAGAGAAUGAAGGUGAUCACGAGCAAACAACAGAUGACAAUAAAGUAAGUGAAGAUGACGAUGAGGCUGCUGAAGAAAGUAAACGAAAGAAGAAACGGAAGCGGACUAAUACAGUUAUGAAGGAAGUUAGAGAAGAACUAAUGGAGGAGUAUUAUAAAUUGGACUAUGAGGAUACUAUUGGGGAUUUGAAGACAAGAUUUAAGUAUAGGCCUGUCAAAGCUAAAAGAUUCGGGCUUGCUCCAGCGGAGGUGCUAAUGAUGGAGGAUACGGAGUUAAAUCAGUAUGUCCCUUUGAAGAAGAUAGCGCCAUAUAGAGAAAAGGAAUGGAAGGUAUCCCGUUUGAAAAUGUUGCAACUGAAAGAUGUGCCAAAAUCUGACAAGAAGCCAAAGUUUGAUAAUAAGGAAAAAGUUGAAGCUGAGACCGAUGAUAGGAAAAGGAAACAAGAAGAAUCUGACGGAGACACAAACAAACAAUCCAGGCGAAGUAGGAAACGAAAGAAACAAGCUGAGCAUAAAGUAUCUACAUCAAGGUUUAAGAUAUAUUCAGCUACCCUAUCAGGGUCGAACAGCAAAAAGAAGUAGCCGCCAGUUAAUGGGGGAGCAGUUUUGUAUUACAGUUAUGAAGCAAAUUGCUGAUUACAAGGUAGAUAUCCGGGAGUUCAUGUUGUAGCUUUUAAAGAUGCAGAUACACUUCACCCGUGCAGCUUAGUUUGAAAAAAUGUCUGAGUUGCUGAAGUCCGUUGUCAUGCUUGAGGAACUUAUUUGUUGAGUGGUAGGAGCUAAGCGUUUAAUAGGAAGUUCAUAUUUAUUGGAAUUUUGCAAAUUAAAUUUCCUUCGUUUGCCAAUUCUUACUAAGAGUCUUGAGAGGAAACAUGUAUCAGAUCACUCAUUUUGAUCCUAAAACAAUUUUUUUUUUGUUAAUGCUAGU